AUGUCUCUUUACCGCAUAGGUGUUGAUGUAGGCGGCACGAACACCGAUGCUGCCAUCCUCGACAUCACAGCCGCAAACACCGCCGGCCGCGGAGUCCUAGCAUCAUACAAGGCGUCGACCACACCAGACAUCACUACCGGCAUCGAGGCUGCCAUCCGCGCUGUCAUACAAAGCUCAGCAGUCGAUCAGAACCGAGUACUGAGCGUGACGAUAGGCACGACGCACUUCAUUAACGCGCUUGUUGAGGCUGAUACGCGACGACUCAGCAAGGUCGCCGUCGUCCGUCUCUGUGGCCCUUUUACGAGGCAAAUCCCCCCAUUUUCAGACUUUCCCUCGGGCUUGCACCGGAUUCUCGAUGGGGGCGUCUACUAUCUUGAUGGUGGGCUGGAGAUUGACGGCCGGGAGAUUGCGCCGCUCGACCACGAGCAGAUUCGGCAGACGACGAGAGAUAUUGUUGCAUCUGGGGUGAAGUCAGUUGCUCUCGUUGGCAUCUUUUCGCCUCUGGACCACUCUGGCAUGCACGAAGAAACCUGCAAAAGAAUCAUGUUGGAAGAAGCCCCCGGUCUUGAUGUAGUUUGCUCCCACGACAUUGGACCGCCCGGCCUCUUGGAGCGAGAGAACGCAACUAUUCUCAAUGCCGCAAUCCUCAAAACAGCCCACAAGGUCACUCGCGGCUUCAAAACCGCAAUGGCGCGGCUGAAGCUCGCAUGUCCGCUUUAUCUGUCUCAGAACGAUGGCACGCUCAUCGACGCUGAUGCCGCAGCGGAGUUCCCUAUCAAGACCUUUGCCAGCGGCCCGACAAAUAGCAUGACUGGGGCUGCUUUCCUCGCAGGACUGGAUCAGACCAAGACAACGACAACGGAUACCACGGACUCGGAAGGGGAGAAGGGUUUGGAGCCUCAAGUGCUCGUUGUCGAUAUCGGUGGCACAACAACGGACGUGUGCGCCCUGCUUCCAUCUGGCUUUCCUCGGCAAGCCCCAGGUUUCGUAGAAGUCGGCGGCGUGAGGACGGCAUUCUCCAUGCCCGAGGUAGUCUCAAUUGGGCUCGGUGGUGGCAGCAAGGUGAAGACGAAUUCCGAAUUCGGGGACGUCACAGUCGGCCCAGGGUCAGUCGGACACUUCCUCACUGAGCAGGCGAGGGUCUUUGGUGGUUCCACCCUGACCGCAACCGACAUCGUGGUGGCUUCCGGAAAGGCAGAGCUUGGCGACGCGAGUCUCAUCAGAGACAUUCCGAGCUCAACGAUCAAUGAGGCCCGGCAGAGGAUCAAGAAAAUGCUAGAGGGGGUCAUAGAGCAGAUGAAGGUCUCCGCUGCUCCCGUGCACGUUCUUCUUGUGGGAGGCGGCGCCCUCCUCGUUACAGACAACCUUGACGGCGUCGAGAAGUGCAUUCAGCCUAUUCACCAGGGCGCUGCCAAUGCUGUUGGUGCUGCUAUUGGCAAGGUCUCUGGAGAAGUGGACAUUAUUGAGAUCCUCGAGGGAAGAGACGAAAAAACGGUUGUUGCAGCGACGUGCCAGAAGGCUAUCGAUCUGGCCAUCCAGAAGGGCGCGACGGCUGAAGACGUCCGUGUUGUAGAGGUCAACAAGAUGCCGCUUCAAUAUGUCGAUAACGGCGCCAUGAGGAUACAAGUCAGGGCUGUUGGAAAGUUGAGUGUCCCUGAGAGCCCCGAAUUCUCCCACGAGAGUAUGACGCCUAUCGAAGACGAGGAGCAGGAGGACGAGGCGCAAAAAGAGGGCGUACCUGAUGCCCUACAGCCUACCACUAAGCCCUCGCUGCAGGUAGACCUUGAGACCUAUCGACCCGAUGUCAGAGGAGGUGCCUGGUAUGUUUCCGAGGUAGAUUUGGAGCUGAUCUCGACGGGCUGCGGUGUGCUCGGCACCGGAGGAGGAGGCCCAACCCACCACGAAUUUCUCAAGAGCCUGCACGUCCUCCGCAACAGCGAGCCGGGUAAAAUGAGGGUCAUCUCGCCAUCAUCCCUCGCCGACACUGACAAUGUGUGCUUCGGCUCCUGGUACGGUACCCCGAGUGUCAUCAACGAGAGAAUCGCCGGCGGCUCUGAGAUUCCCAGCGGCAUCGAUGCCGUGAGGAAGAUCUUGGGAGAUGUACCUCUCCAUGGGGUUUUCAUCGACGAGAUUGGCGGAGGCAACGGGCUCAGUGUUUUCCCAACGGGCGUACACUAUGACAUCCCUGUUGUGGAUGGCGAUGCGAUGGGAAGAGCAUACCCGACCAUGUAUCAAGCCACAUUGAGCGUUUACGGCCACCCGCUAACUCCGUGUGCCCUCUCGGACGCAAGGGGAAACGUUUCUGUUGUGAUGAGUUCCGAUACUCCGGUCCGCCUGGAACGAUUUCUGCGUACGGCAGCUGUUGAGCUCGGCCUUGGAUGCGCCGUCUGCGCAAGGCCACUCCCCGGGUCGGCUGUCAAGUCCCAUGGCGUUCCCAACACCUUAUCGCAAGCCUGGUAUCUGGGCCGUGCUGUUCACAUGGCACGGAGGAAGAAGUCUAGCUAUGUUGAUGCAAUUGCAAGUAUAUCCAAGGCAACCAGUGACUUUGAUGUUUGUGCUGGCAAGCUGCUGUUUACAGGCAAAAUCAUCGAUGUAAGACGAUUUGUGGGCGGCGGUUACACAAUGGGCAGCGUCCUUAUCGCCCCCCUUGCUGAGGAAGACAGAGACUCAGACACGCAGAGUACGGUGCUCGCCGACCGGCACAUGCUCAUCCCGUUCCAGAACGAGUACUUGUAUGCCGCACUCACGGACGCAGAGGGUUCCGAACACGGCCAGCAAGAGGUGUUGUGUACAGUGCCGGAUCUGAUUUCGAUUCUGGGCCAAGAUGGGGAGGCUAUAGGGUCCCAGGAUCUUCGCUAUGGCUUGCGCGUGAAUGUCAUAGCACUACCUGCUCACCCCCUCUGGAAGACGGAGAAGGGCAUGCUUGUGGGAGGGACUAAAGCCUUCGGUUUGAGCAUGCCGUUUGUGGGCGUUGGAGAGUACACAGAGCCUAGGAGCGUCAUUGAGGAGUAUGGGGUGUGA